AUGACCAAUAUGGCCGCCAAAAAGUUGGAAGAUUUACCUAUUGAAUUACUACUCUCGAUAUUCAGUCAUUUGGAUCACAUAAUCUUACAGGAUUUACAACAAACGUGCAAAGUUUUUCAGAGAAUCAUACAGCACGAUGAUGAAAUAUGGAAACAAAUGUUUAUUUCAAGGAUAAAUUCAUACCAAUUUCCUAAUGUUAGUGGUAAAAAAACUUAUAAAGAAGAAUAUUUCACAAGACUCCGGUUAUUGGAUGAUUGGAAACACAAUAGAGGUAUUAAAACCAAAUACACAAUAAACACCCUAUUGCCACAAGUGCAACAUAAUGCGCAUCAGCUGGAACAUAUUGUUUUCGAUUAUCCCAAAUGUGCCUGUUAUAACGAAGGUGUUAUUACUUUAAUACAACUAAACAAUAUGAACCGUAGGAAGAAAAACAGGUUGACUUAUAUUCCAUGUACUACCCCCCAAGGUUGUUCCACUAUAAAUUUUAAUAUCAAUGCAGCUGUUUUCGGGAGAUAUGAUGGAAGGAUAUUUGGUAAAUUAUUAACUAAUAAAUCAUAUUUAUCCCCGGUGGUUGAAUUUGACGCUUCCCAUAGCAGCUGCGUUACUGCUAUUUGUACUUCGUCGUAUCAAGCUGCCGAUGAAUCUAAUAUAGAUGUUUGGAGUUGUAGCGGUUGUGCAAAUGGUGAGAUUAUUUGGUGGCUUAAUAGUAAUAUGCGUCAGUCUUUGAAGAUAUCAACGUCACCAGUUAGAUAUCUAUAUAUGUACAACAAAAAUAAAACUAUUGCAGUUGAUGAUUCAUAUAUUUAUGUUAUCAAUGAAAUGACCCAAGUGCAUAUACUUAAAUCGCCCAUGCAAGCAGUUAAUAUACAGUUUAUCAAGUGGGACCAAGGUGGUGAAUUAUUAAUUAUAGCUGAUGUUCACGAUUUUUACCUUAUAUCACUAAAUUUGAAAGAUGCCUUUGGAUCAACUAGAAUCUUUAAAGUAGAUAAUGGAAGCAUUAUUCAAGACGUAUUUAUUGACGAGACCACAAGUAUGAGGAAAGCACAUCAAGAUAUCAAUUUGGCUGGUGAGGAUGGAUGUUAUGCAGGUAUAUUAACGGAUACUAAUAUAGUCUACCUUAUUAAUAUCAGGUCAUUGGAUACUGACAAUGGCGAAACUAGUAAAGGUGGGUAUUUAUCAAUUAAGCCUCAUUUAAAAUUAAGUUUUCAAGAGAAAAUAUACACUUGUCAAGUAAAUAAUUUGGUUUUAUUAAUAGCAUUUUGUGGAAGUAUUUCUGUCUAUGAUGCUAAUAGUGGAGAAGAGAUAAGAAGCAUUCAUAAAAUGGAAAAAUAUCCUCAGUUUUUAAAAUUGUCGCAUGGUCGAAUAUUAGUUGGUAGUGAAAAUGUUUUACACUAUUUGCAAUAUGUAGAUAAUGGGAAGCUGAAUAAAAAUCACAAAAAACCAUUUAACAGUACGAGAAGUUCUAAAUGGAAUGAGAUGAUUAGUGGUCAGCUGGAGAUUUACAAUGAUGAAGUAAGAGAGGAAGAUAAAGAUGCUAAAGUUUUGGAUAAGCUUUAUAAAAAAUUCAAUGGUAGUGUCAAUGAUAAUGAGGAUAUCCAAUUACAAAUAGCCAUGCUUGAAUCUAAAACCACUACACUCGGUGAAGAAGAGAAAAGAAGGAAGGAAGAAGAAGAAGAAGAGAUGCUAAGACUAGCUAUCGAAGCAUCUAUGUUGGACAAUACUAAUGGUGAUUUUAGUGAUAUGUGUUUAGAACCGUUGCUUGUGGAACAAACAUUGGAUUCUAGUAAUAAUAAUAAUAAUAAUAAUAAUAAUAAUAACAGAUCUGCCCGUGAAAGAAGAAGAAGACCUUUGGGUGAGUUAGAGCAUGUGAUUACGCGUAGAGAAGAUACUGAUGAGUUAGAUGAAGAAACACGUCUGCAGUUGCAAACAAUGGAAAGGAAUACACAGGCUAAUCCCAAUAUUAAUACCGAAAUAGACAAUGAUUUGGAAUUAGCAUUAGCAUUAUCAUUAUCAUUGAGCGAAAUAGAGAAUUGA